AUACUGCAUGAGAUGCGAUCGAGCUGGAGCGGGUUUUACGAAAAUGUUCUGUCUCUGUUUUAAUGAUAUUGAAUCUUGACUUGAUCUAGUGAACUUAGGAUUUAGCAGUGACUGAAUUGGCCUACGUUUACCAAAUGGAGAAAAGCAGGUUAAAUGUUCGACCCUGGUGAUGAAUCUCUUAAGGGUUCCAUGAUCAUGAUGUAUCUGUCUACUGGGGAUGAUGACAAGUCUGGCAGGAGGCAAUCUAAUGUUCCACACUUCAAUGUCUUGGAAGACACUCACAGGAACAACACUGUGUUUUGUGGAAACGGCCCCAAGCAGACAAAUGCCUCGUCAUAUUCUGGUAUAGGGACUUUGUCACAAAGCCAGUGGGAUACUUUUGGAGGCAGUACGAGAUCUCCCGGGAGAAGCAGAGCCGGGGAGAUUGGCAGAAGUACAUGUAGUGAUAAUUCCCACUUACAGGGACUAUCGGAUGGAAAGGAUGUAUUGGGUGCCGCGUUUGAGGAACCAAACAGGAGGUUCCCUGAGGAUCCUUGGUUUGGCCGUCUUCAAAAAAGAACACACCCCUCUUCUAAAACCAAUCAUACACAUGGUCCAAUCCAUGUCAAUGAAGAGAGUGGGCAUUCCACAGAAGGAUCAUUCCAUUUAUCAGAUCUAGAGGGGGAAUCUGUAUUGGAGGGAUCCGAUGACAUGGAAUAUUCUUCGGGCUCUGACUGUUCAUCUCCAGUACAAAGGCCAAAGAAACUUCCCAUCUCCAGUACUCAUUUUAUUGAUUCCAGUCAUGACAUCUCCCCAAGAGCUAGGAGAACAACUAACAUUGGUCAAAGGAUCUCUUCUUCUAAAUAUGAUGGGUUGUCAUGGCAACAGUAUAAAUCUGUUGUUGCUAGGAGGGAAGAUGACCGCAGUCACAUUGGGAGGAUAGAUGCUGAAGGGAAGGACAAGGGAAGAAUUGUCUCUUCAGAAAAUUUGUCGAGAACAUCGUCAGAGUUUCACAGUAAUGGAAUUGUAGAAUCUUAUGGUCAUCAGGGAAGAUUACCAUCGGAUGGGUUGUUAGGAAGAUAUCCGUCAUCACCAAUCUCAUCAGCAUUUGAUACAGUCAAAGGCCAACCUGAUCUUUGCAGUAGUGACAUAGAGCGUAGCCAGGAUGCAAGAAUGUCCACACUUGUAGGUAGCCAUCGUGACUCAAAACCCUUUGAGCACUAUACGUUUGAUCUGGGAGAAAUGCACGAUGGAAGGUUCCGAAGGCCACACCUAGAUGAACCAAGCUUGCGUCUACCUUCAAGAUUUCAUAGCCAGAAUGAUGAAAGUGAUGAUAACUUACAUGUACUUGGAGAUCAUGGUCAAUCCGUGCCUCCAGGAUCCACAACCAUUCAAACAGCAUCAGCAUACAGUAUUUCCGAAUUCCAAAAAUCAGAAUAUGUCCAGUUUUUAAAGAGAACAAACAUCCAAAGAACUCAAGAUCAAAGGCAUGUUGACAACAGUAUUAAUUACACAACAAAUGAUGAUUCAGAUGUAGAUUUAAUUAAAGACACUGUACAAGAUGCUGAAAGCCAAACCCAUGAGCAGCUACUAGUACAAUCUAUGUUCCCUGAAGUACUAGAACAUAGAAAAAAUGGUGCAAAUUUGACAAAGCAAAGUCUUCCACAUUCAAGCCAUGUACCAUUUGAUAAGAUUGUCUCUGAAAACAGCUCAUCCCUUGGCCAAAAGCGGCCUCGUAGAAGAAAGCUGGAGACAGAGUUUUCAAAUGCACAAAGAAGCCAAAGUGAAGUGAUUAGAACACAACAAUUUGCUGAAAGUAAUUCAAAGCCCUCAAGAUCGGGUAGGAGAAACAUGAAUGUCCAGCCAGAUUUUCUAGGAAAUGCUUCAAUAGUGGAUCCUGCACUGUCUUCUGUACUUUCAUCUAACACUAUUAGUAGAUCUGUCCAGGGUGACCAAAGGAAUCCUAUGCAGCAUCUAGAACCUGACUCUUCGUUGAUUCAUCAGGAAGAGAAUCUCCAUAGUCACAUUUAUCAACAGAAGAAAGGAAUUGAGGACUUGACUGGAGGAGUUCAAGGAUCAUCUGGGUCUGUUUCUCCAUCACCUGCACAUGUUGUUCAUCCCCAAGGGAGUGCAUCAAAUGCAAUAAAGUCUUCCAGACUGACAGCCUCAUUGUACCCUGAUGGAAUAGACCAAGUGCAGGAUCUGCUGAUGUCCUCAACAGCGCAUUCAACUUCUGAGGGACCAACAAAUGCCAAAGCAGCUGUAUCACCUUUGAGGAAUCACUUGUUAAGUGGUGCAAGAACAACCAGUGUGUAUUCAUUGACUACCUCAAAAGGUUUAUCAUCGCAAUAUUCACCAGCAUUGUCUUCAUAUUCUGUGCCACCUUCUGGAAUUCUUGAUAAACUGCCAUUGCAGACAUCUACUCUGGAAGAUCACCUUUCUCAGCAUUAUACAAACAUGGAGUUCUCAACAAGUCAUCUGUCAGACAGGUAUGAGAAUGCAUCCAAUUUGUUGAACUGCAGCUCAACUUCAUCAACACAUUCCAAUUACUCAAAACUCGAUUACCAAUCUAAAAUAAAGACUGGUGCAGAUGAUGUGAAAUCCUCAAGAAGAGGGGAUGGUAAACAACGUUCUGGAUCACAAAGUUCACCUCGUGAGCAUGAAGAUGUUCAAGACUUUCUUUUAGAAGAGGAAGGUCUUCUGUUCUCCUUGCAAGAGAGAAGGAAGGAGCUUCAAAGGGCCAUGAAUUAUCAUUUUGAGGAGACUGAGGAGGAGGAAACACAUGAAGUGCAUGCUUCACCAAACCAUGAUGAUAAAUUGCUCAGAUGCACUGCUGACACCAUGCCAAAGAAUCGAGGAUAUCAUUUAGAAAUGAGUGUGCCCACCAGCGGCAGCCCUCGUCAAGUCACCUCUAUCUUGUGGGUAUUCAAACUGUUAGACAUACUCCACAACCAUCCUACAGAAAAACAUGAGGUCCUUGUUUCACAGGCAUACUGGUUUAGGAGAUGGUUGAGAAAAGUGAGAUUAUUGAAAAUGAAACGCCAAGAGGAGAGGAAUAAUUGGAGGAUAGCCGUCACCUUACAUAAUACGACCAUCAAGCAGAAAUACCUCAGUCAUUGGAUGUCUGCUGUGCAAUCAAGAAGCAAAUCAGCUAGACUCUUAUACCAGCAACAUCUUCUGCAUAAAGGACUCGAUGCAUUCAAAUUUGCUGUAAUGAGCAGCAAAAUCCAGGCUGAACAACUGGAGAUCAGGCUAAAAGUCAUGACCCUUGCCAAGUAUUUCAAGAAGUGGUGCGCCCUCACACAGCUGCGGAAAGAGAAGGAAGCCAUCUUAGAGCAAAUAGCCGAUCAGCAUGUCACUGUCAAAGCAUUCAGUGUCUGGAAAGAAGGCUAUCAUGCGCAGCAGAGAGUGGCCAUUGCAGAUCUUCAUUACAAAGUGGGGCUCUUGUCAAGAUCCCUUGAACACUGGAAAUCCUAUGUUGCCCAUCAGAGAAUGAAGUAUUACCAGAAUGAACUAGCCAGGGUUCAUCAUGAGGACAGACUGGUCAAGAGAACAUGGGUAACCAUGGCAACCAUCUGUAACGAAAGGCAGAAGGCCAGAAGACAAUAUAGGUGGACCAUACUAAGCAGAUCUUGGAAGGCUUGGAGACAUGGUAUACAGAUCGUGAAGAUGGAGAAUCUCCAUGACAAUGCCAAGGCUUUGGUCUUCAGGGACAAGGCGAUCCUUGAGAGAUUCUUUGCUGACUGGGCAGAGAGGGCCAAGGUUUCACUGGUGGUUCACAGGAGAGAGAAAUCGCGUCUCAGUCAAGCCUUUGAGCUCUGGAAACUGAAGAAUCAAAGAAGAAAGCUCCUCUACAGGAUCCUAGACUCCAAGACUAACCAAACUCUGAUGAAGAGGGCGCUGUUUGCAUGGAGAAAGCACACUCGGCAGUUUAUAGCAGCACGACAAGAUGGUGUCAGGUUACUUGAGAGGGUACAGAUGAGGGUGGUGAUGUCUGUAUGGCGAUCUUGGACAUGCUCCCAAGUAUUUCUCAGGCUAUCUCUACAAAAGCACCAGGCUGUCCAAGAUGUCAAAGCAACGAGCAUCUUCUUCCAACGAUGGAAACUCCGCUGGCUCAGGGCGAGGGGGCUUCGCCGUGGCCUCGAGAGAUGGUCUAAACAUUGCCUAGAGAGGGCAGCAAAGCGCUGGAUACAGCAGGUGAUCGAACGCAGGCAGAGGAAUCAGGCCGAAGAGUUUGCAAGACAGUUGGACAACGCAUGCCUCAGAAGGUCAUUCUCGAAGUGGGUCGAAGCCAAAGGACAAGCUGACUGUGACAGGCAGAGGGCAGCAGACAUGCAGCAUUUUUUGAUCCGCAGUCGUCUUCACAGGAUAUUUCUUGCCUGGAAGCUGGAGAUGAUGGUGACGAGAGCAGUCGGACCGCUUACUGAAAGGAGGAAGAAACGCUGUCUAGCCAAAGCUUUUGACAACUGGAGAGAUGUUAUCAAGAGGAAGAAAUUGGGGCAGAGGUUUGCUGGAAGUUGCAAGGACACUGUCAUAGCAACGACAUUUAGAUACUGGAGAAGCCUGACAGCAUCUCGUCUCCAAGCCAAGCAGGAGCAGGCCUGCUUGGAAGCCAGUCUCGUUCUGGGAUGCUUUCGGGCGUGGCAGACGCUCCACCAGAGGGAGACAAGCAGGAGAACGGUUGCCAAGCACCAUGAGAUGGGACUCCUUCAGGAGGCUUUCACAUCCUGGAAAGCACAGGCGGAAGAGGCCGAGCUGGAGAGAGAGAUUGAAAUGGGAAAUGAGCAAAGAAGGCUUCUCCUUCAGAAGUUGUUCUUUAAAGCAUGGAGGAGAGCCAGCGGUGAGGAGGCUGAGCUGGAGAAAGAGAGAUGCACAGUGAUUCAAGGACGGAUUGCAUCAUCUACCAUCCUUGAGAUGUGGAGGAGAUGGAGACGAUCCUUGGAGCUUGAACUCAAAGCGAGGUCACUUGCUAAGAAUCAUCAACAUCGCAUGCUGAAGGAAGCGUUUCAUUCAUGGCAUCGGUACACACAGCAAAGUAUGUAUGCAGCUGUAGAGAGAUUUCACUCCAGGUUGAAUGAAUCAUGCAGCUCUCUCGAGAGUCCAGACUUUCCAGAACAAUCACCUUCCUGCUCAUUAUUGUCAUCAUCGUCAUCAUCAGCAGAGUCGAUAUUGCAGCUUCAGGCUCAUGGGACACCAUCUUCAUAUGCAUCAUCUCCAUCACCUUUGAGAGAAGUGUCUGUUCAUCUCCUGGAAGAGACCUCUACAGAGUUCUUCCAUUCCACGAUGAGCAAGACGGUUCUUGGUCCAACUGAGUGGUCCAUGAUGAACAAGAGGGUCCCUGGGCCAUCUGAGUGGUGUAGGCCUUCUGAUGAUAUCGAUGCAAGAGGUAUGCUUCCACCCGGAAAAGAUUCCUUCAUGGGCGCCUCACUGGAACACACCAGCGGAACUCCGUCCCCUCUCCAGAAUCUACGCCCAGGCAUCCUCAGCAGUGAUGAGGAGAACAGAGAUUUUCCUUCACAAAUAUACUCUGAGGUCAACGGUCAGGGAGAUUUUGGUGACGGGUCAGACAUCAGUGGAUAUCAAGAUGUGGAGUCAUCCGGUAGUAGCGUAGACUCUCAUCGCAGCUGCAAAGGCAUCUCCUCUGUCACUGACAGUGGUUACCAUGCCAGUGGGGUCACGGUAAUCUCAAAUGGCGAAUGGCAGAUCGCUGCCACCAGUGACAGCCCUCCCAUGAAGAGCUCCAAAGACUGUGCCCUCGUAAGUGAUGUGUUACAGCUAUCUCCACACAAGAACAAUAACAACAGUGCAUCCCAGAACAGAGAUGAGUGGUUUGGAUUCCCCAUGCCAAAGUCUUCAACAUUGGACCAUCUAGGAAACACAGGGGAUGACUCCAUUUUCCUUGAGGAACAUAGAGCGUCUCCAGGAUGUUCCAGGGAAACCAUCCAUGAUGUGUCAACAGUACGGAAUGGCUUAAGUCCACUCAGUCAUCAGGAUGGCUCAGCUUCGUCCAGAUUUGAAGGCAUUCAGAGACAACCUGGCGAUGCUAUCGAGAGACUUUCAAAUGGCAUUCUUUACACUGGUAGGAAUAUAAUGGGUACCAAUGGAGGAUCGGUGAAUGUUGCAGCUGAAGUUAAUCUCAAGGUGGAAGAUGAUGUCAUUGAUGAUGGGCAAAACUGGGAGGAUGUAGAUGAAGACAUCAGAAGUAGUGUUCAUGGAUCUGAGAGCUUGUUGCUUACUCCAGGAAAGUCAACAUCUUAUAUCACAAGUCAUCAUACACUGAAAGCCAUCAACAAUAAAAAGGUCUAUCUGACGUCUAUCAUCCUUCGUCUUCGGCUAUGGCCUGCCAGUGCUGCUUUCUACCAGUGGCUGGAGUACACCCGUAUGAAGAGGAUUCAUAGACAGUAUAGAUCCCUGGUCGAAGGCAGGAUGAACGAUGCUGACCUGAGAGCUGCAUUCCAACUAUGGAGACAACAUAGCAGUGAUCGCCAGCUUGCUUGCAACUUCCAGAACAAGAGGUUACUGGAGAAGUACUUCAGAACCUGGUCAUAUAUGAAGGAGAGAGAGUCAGAGGAAGAGAGACAGACUUCCAGAGCUGAGCAGCAUGCAUCACGUUCACUGCUCAAAUCAAGUUGGAGGACAUGGAAAGAACAUUUCCUGCAGAGCUCAUAUCCUAUUGGCCCAAGGCCUACCUGGAGUGCCCAUUUCAGCCAAUCACAGCUCAUGUCUCACAACUGUACCGCCUUUCAAACCCAGAUCCACAAAAAUAAUGUGAAAGAAUGUUUGAUGUUCUGGAGAUUGAGAUGGAGGCAGCUACAAGAGGUUGAUUCCUACAGGUCAAAGGUCAUACUCAAGAGGUGCGUGAUUGCUUGGCUGAGCUGGAGUAAAGACAGAAAAUGGAGAGAGGAAGCUGCCAAGAACUUCCUAGAAGCAAGACUAAAGAAAAUGGCUUUCAAACACUGGAAGUCACAGCUUGCCAAACAAGACCUGAUCCAUACGCACUACCAAGGGGCAGCCCACAACCAUCUCUGCCUCAUCAUCAGGGCGUGGCAUGGGUGGGCGGAGACAUCGAAAGGACUCCGCCUCGCACAUCAGGUUGUGGUGCAACGGCGGGAUGCGGCAAUCUUGAAAUGGGCUUGGUUGUCAUGGAAACAGGAGGUGGGGAAAUGGAGACGAGGGCAAGCGUUCCAUGAUAGGAAGAUGCUUCUGAGGACUUUCCAUGGAUGGAGGUCAGUAGCCCUUCAUGCAAAGCAACACAGAGUGAUCAUGCAGUCCAUCCUGUCUCGGAAGAAUCACAAGGUACUGUCCUCUUGCUUCAGACGCUGGCAGAUGGAGUACAAUGCCAGCAAGUUUGCUCAAAUGCAGGAGUGCAGACAGGCAAGGAGAAUGCUGGCAGAGGUACUUGCUACGUGGAAGACAUUUACAGUGGGAAGGCGGCGUGAAAGACAAAAACUUCUGCAUGAGGCUUUUUUGAUAUGGCGAAAUGGACUCUUAGAAGCAAAAAGGAGAAAGCAGGUAGCCCUGUCUGCUGCCACCCACUGGCGACAUUUGGUGAGGAGGUCAAGAGAGUUGAUGGAGAUUAUGAACCUGUUUCAAAGGUCAUUGGAGGAGAGAAAACUCAAACAAACCUUUGUACUAUGGCAGAGGUCACAGGUCAGCUGUCAGCUUGCCAAUCGUUACUAUAGCAACAGACUUCUCAAAAGGCAAGGAUAA